GCUUGGUUGAGUUGGGCUUCGGGGUGUUGGUGGCAGCGCUGAGGGGCCCCUGGCUGCCCCCAUCAUGGCAUCUGCUCUCACUGUCCUCUUCCUCAGCUGCUGGCUGGCCGGGCACAGCGGGGUGUGGGGAGAGCCCACUCUGCCCAAGCCCUCCUUGUCCAUCCGUCCCAGCAGGUGGGUCUCCCUGGGGGGACCCGUGAGCAUCUGGUGUCAGGGGCAGAACCAGAGCAUGCGGUUCGUGCUGAAUAAAGAGGGAAGCAAUUUCACACCUGUGGAUACGGACGGGUUUGAGGCUGUGUUUCCCAUCAGCAAUGUGAGCCGGGAGGACGGUGGGAACUACAGCUGCUCCUAUCGCGGCAGAUCGGAGCCAAUUGCUGAGUCGUACCUCAGCGACCCCGUGGAGCUGGUGGUGAGAGAUCCCAGCUUACCCAGACCCUCCAUCUCUCUGAGCCCCACCGGGGUCACCGCCCCAGGGGCAGAUGUCACCAUCCGGUGUCAGGGGCAGCGCCGGGACGUGAGGUUCUUCCUGCACAAGGCUGGAGACCUGAACCCGCAGCGACACGUGGACCCUGCUGGGGACGGGGCUGAGUUCCGCAUCCCCACCGUGGGCCGGCAGCACGGAGGGAGCUACAGCUGCAGCUACCGGAACCGAUCAGAGCCCUUCGUCUCCUCGCAGCCCAGCGACCCCGUGCAGGUGGUGGUAGUAGAGCCCAGCUUACCCAGACCCUCCAUCUCUCUGAGCCCCACUGGGGUCACCGCCCCAGGGGCAGACGUCACCAUCCGGUGUCAGGGGCAGCGCGGGAAUGUGAGGUUCUUCCUGCACAAGGCUGGAGACUCGAACCCGCAGAGACUCAUGGACCCUGCUGGGGCUGGGGCCGAGUUCCGCAUCCACACCUUGGGCCGGCAGCAUGGAGGGAACUACAGCUGCAGCUACCGGCCCCGAUCAGAGCCCUUUGUCUUCUCGGAGCCCAGUGACCCCGUGCAGCUGGUGGUAGCAGAGCCCACUCUGCCCAAGCCCAUCAUCAGCCCCAGCGGGGAGGUCUUCCUGGGGGAAGCUGUGUACAUCCGGUGUCGGGGGCAGGGCCAGGGCGUGCGGAUCGUGCUGAAUAAAGGGGGACGCCAUGUUGCACACGUGGAUUCGGAGAAGUUGGAGUUUGAGUUUCCCAUCAACAACGUGCGCCGGGAGCAGGGCGGGAACUAUAGCUGCUCCCAUCACAGCAGGUCGGAGCCGUUCGUCAGGUGGAGCGACCCCGUGGAGCUGGUGGUGAGAGGGUAAGGACCAGCCCCGAGACAGAGCAGAUGAGACCCCAGUUCUGCUUCCCACCCCGAUCUACCUGCCCUAGGAUUCAGGACUCCUGGGUUCUCUCCCCGGCUCGGGAUGGGAAGUGGUGUCCAGUGGUUACACCAGGGGGGCGAGGAGGUUUUAAUGUUGUACUUUUUAGUUAUUUUCCUAAUGAUAGGUUGAUUCUCAUUAGUUGAUAACCAUUAAAAAUGUUGAUUUGCAACUAAAUAUAGUCUUUACACUAAAUCUGGUGCUUUUUCUUUUGCUAACCAUGAUGGCAAACUAUAUCUAUGCACAUUGAUUGAAGCAGUUAUAUGGAGAAAUUUACAUUUCUUCAGUCUAAUUUUUACAUUUUGAUUAUGUUGGAAAAUGGCAAAUGAUACAUUUAUUUCCUAGAUGAGGAUGAUUUUUUUACUUCUGAUUUGUCCAAGCUCCGUUUGGAUGGAAAUUCAAAUGCACUCAAAAAUGCACAGAAACAGCAUUUUCAAUAUGUUUAUUAAUUAAAUAAAACUACCUUAAAUGUGCUGAAUACAUAAUAAAAAAAAAGUGUAU